GAUACGAAAAUAUCUCUUUAUCAAGAGAUGUGCAAUAUUAAAAACCAACUCGAAAAUUCAAAAGACUCGAUCCAACAACUCGAUCCAAUUUUGCUAAAAGAUCCGUUACUUAACCGCAGAUCAGAGUGUCGUGGUAAAUCAAGACAAAUCGUAAAAAAAGUCUGUAAAGGGUUCAUCGAAGUAGCUUGCAAACCAUCAAGAGGAAUAGCACGAGAUGAAAAUUCUAAAUCGUGA